GUACAAAAAUUACAGAAUAUCAUUGCAAGUCGAGCUACUCAAUAUAAUCAUGAUAUGAAGAGAAAAGAGCGUGAAUAUAAUAAACUAAAGGAACGUCUACAUCAACUUGUUAUGAACAAGAAGGAUAAAAAAAUAGCUAUGGAAGUUUUAAAUUAUGUGGGCAGAGCUGAUGGAAAAAGAGGCUCUUGGAGGACUGGUAAAAGUGAAGCAAGGAAUGAAGAUGAAAUGUAUAAAAUUCUCUUGAAUGAUUAUGAAUAUCGUCAGAAACAAAUCCUAACAGAAAAUGCUGAACUUAAGAAGGUUCUUCAGCAAAUGAAAAAGGAAAUGAUUUCUCUUCUUUCUCCCCAAAAGCAGAAACCUGUAGAAAAAGCAGAUGAUAGCACAGGAACGGGUAUCUCUGAUGUUGAAGAAGAUCCUGGGGAACUGAGUAGAGAGAGUAUAUGGGACCUUUCCUGUGAAACUGUGAGAGAGCAGCUUACAAACAGCAUCAGGAAACAGUGGAGAAUUUUGAAAAGUCACGUAGAAAAACUUGAUAACCAAGGUAACUACUGCCUAAAUGCAUGCAAAGUGAGUAGUGACACUCAGUAAACUUAAUUUUCCUUCAUAUAAAAGCCAGUUUGGUGGUUUAAAAAGCAAGACUGCCGACUUCUAGUUGUGAGGUUGAAUCUCACUGAGAAAAUGUACUUGGCGCCCAGAGUGCAUCUUUCUCUGGAAAGCGGACGUC